AUGGAUGAAACAUUUCAAGUAUUUGAUAGAGUUCUAUCUUUCGCAGGAAUAUCUCUUUUCGCAAAACGAAACUGGAAUUCUAAAAAAUGGCUCUUCUUCCAAUGUUUCAGCGUUAUCAUCGGCUUUAUUACUUUCAUCUUCACAACAGCAUUUGUUCUUACUAAUAUAUCGAACUUAUUGCUUUGUAUUCAAGGAGGUUGUGUUUGGACAACGGGAGUCAUUAUGUUCAUUUCUCUCUGUAUUUGCCUAAUUUUCAGAACAAAAUUCAGAACUUUUUUGGAAGAAAUGGUAUUUGAAGACCGAGUUUUUGAUAUACCUUUGGUAAAAAGCGUAUUUAUUCAGAAUCCAGGUCAUGGAAAAUUAUUUGAAUUGGAGAAACUGGUUGUAAAUUCACAGGAGAAAUUGUUUAAGCUUACGAGGGUAUUGUUAAAAACUUAUGUUGGAAGCGUGUGGUUAUGCGUUACUUUAUACUUGUGCGGUCCCAUAUAUCAAAUGUGUGUUACGAAGGACAAGUCUCUCAGACUAUUAGCUUUUGAUAUGUGGUUCCCUUAUGGAUUGGAAGACUUCAGAGUGUAUGUGGCAACAUUUAUUUUUCAUGCGUAUGCAGGUUAUUUAUGUUGUAUUGCUUACCCUGGCCUUCAGUCUACAAUAAUACUUUUCGUAGGUCAAAUUAUUAGACAACUUCAAAUACUCACUUUCAUAUUGAAUAAUUUAGAUGAAAUAGCCAAAGAACUGGUCGGGCAAAGAGGUGAACUGUGGCAAGAAGUCUGCAUACAAAUAUUUUCACAGUGUGUAGAUCACUAUAUACAGACUAAAAGAUUCUCUAACAAAUUGAAUGUGAUAUGUCAACCAUUUUACUUAGCUCUGAUAGUAGUGGCGACAAUGCUCGUAUGUGUCUGCUCUGUGAAAAUUGCGAUUUCGGAUAAACUUUCACCAGAUACAAUGAAGUAUUAUGUACAUGAGCUUUGUUUUAUACUGGUGGUGCUUAUGUUUUGUUCUCUGGGACAGAAAGUUGACAAUGAGUGUGAAAAACUGGAAUCAGUGGUGACUGAAAAAUGGUACUUAUUUAAUUCAAAUCACAAAACCAACAUACGAAUUUUCAUGAUGGCGCUGAGUCAAAAGAUGCCUAUUUAUAUAUAUGGAUCUAUAACACUUUCUUUACAAACAUUCACAUGGUUUAUCCGCACUGGGAUGUCAUUCUUUACAUUUCUGAUGUCAGUGUUAGAAGAUUAA